AUUCUCACUCCUAACAAAGACUUUUGCCAUGAAGUUCACCGUUCCUCGAAAUAUUCUUUUCAUGAUAUUCACUUUUGUACUGUUGGAUAUUGUAAUGCAGAUGCAAGUACUCACAUUCUCUGCUCUAGCAGAACUUGUAAAUCAGAUGAAUAAUUAUACAUUGAGUGCGCAUUUUGGUAUCACGCCUACAGAGACUAGUGUUGGCGUUCUGAACUCAAUUUUCGCAGUUACACAUGAAACUGGAAACGCUCUCGCAAUUAUUUUUCUAUUACCUGUUGCAGACUCAAGAGGCAGAAAAUUUAUGGCAGUUUAUUUACGAUUUGCAUUAUUAUUUUUAACGGGAUUUUUCCAUUUGUUAGCCACUUCCUUCCAAGCUGCUGAAGCUUAUACUUUGGGACAAUUGUUUCUUGGAAUACAAAGCCCGCUGCAUUUGCUCAUCACGCCCAUGUAUAUUUUAGAAUGUGCUCCAGAUAAUUGUAGAGGAUUUGCAAGUACUGCUUUAAUUUUCUCAUUUUCGAUUGGAAAACUGUUAAUGUUCUCAGCUGCGUCUCCUACAUUUCUCGGAACUAUAGACUCUUGGUUUAUUAUUCCGCUGUUUGAGAUGGUAUGCUCCGUGAUGAUUCUUUGCCUAAUGAUUCAUCUGCCGGACUCACCGAAAUGGCUCAUUCAGCAAAACAAGGUUAAAAAAGCAGAAGACUCCAUAAAAUUUUAUUAUGGAAAACACUGUCAUUUAGAUGAAGUUGUGACGUCUCUCAUAAAAGAGAAAAACUUAACAAAAGAUAAUCGAAUUUCUUUGAGACAAAUAUGGGAAAAUGAUACAUUGAGAGAGAGUCUAAAAAUAUUAUUUGCCGUUACUGUUUUUCUUCAAUUUGAUACCACAACGGCUCAAUCGGUAUACACAAUUGAUUUUCACAAAACAGCUGGAUUUACAGUGCAAGAGGCGUUGAAUAUAAACUUGAUCCUCACAACUGUCUUGUUCCCCACCAAAUUCAUCGGUACAUUAUUUUUAGAUGCAUUGGGAAGAAGGCCUGCUAUGGGAGUUGCUGGUGUGAUGAAAUACUCAAAAUCCAUGUUGUUAUUGGCUUUUGAAAUUUUGGUGUUCAUCAGCGGAUCCAGUUUGAUCACAAAGAUCAUGUAUGUUGCGGUUGAACUGUUAACCAUCCUUGUUCCAGUGACAGGUGCAAACUCAAUAAGAGUGUUGUUUGUUACAGAAUUGUUUCCACCAUCUGCAAGAACAGCAGUUGGACAGGCAAUGUUGUUUGGUUCAAUGGCGGUCAAUUCACCAAUUGUAGCAUUAUAUCCUAUAGUCAACUCAAUUUUCCCUCCAAUAUUUUUUGUACCAUUUGUAAUUUCACAAAUGAUAUUUGGAAUAUAUUUAUACAGACAUAUGCCAGAGACUCGAGGUCGUGCGGUCUAUGAUAUCAUUGAAUCUUUAGACAGGAAUGUGGCUUCAAGGACUGCAUCAGUUACAGAUGAAAACACUCCUCUGUUUAAAGACCAAACAGAAAAUCGUGAUGGAAAAUGGAAUAGUCUCCUCAAUACACCCCGAACAAGGGCGUUGACUUUCGAGGAAAAUUCUCAUUCACCAAAUUGAUGUAAACAUAUAUAGCUUAAAACAAAACCAAACCAAUGGGUCAUAAAUACUCGUUUCAUAGAUCUAUCAUUUGUAGAUUCUUACUCCAGCCAAAUGUCAAUUUUAAAUCCCGUGAUUUCCCUCAGUUAAAGUUUUCCGUUUACAACUGUGGACGAAUGAAUUUUGUGAAAU